AUGGCCAAUACCCCUAUCAAGCUUAACGAUGGUACCACUAUCCCAUGGCUUGGGUUCGGUACUGGCACUGCCCUCUACGGCAAGGACACAGAGAACAUGAUCGUAGCCGCCAUCAAGGCAGGCUUCACCCACCUCGACGCCGCCCAAGCCUACGCGAACGAAGACUCCCUCGGCGCCGGCAUUCUCGCCUCGGGCGUCCCUCGCUCCCAACUCUACAUCACUACCAAAUUCCACGAACUCGCCCCGGGCCAGUCUCUCAAAUCGCUCCUGCAGGACCAGCUCAAGAAGCUGAAGGUCGAUUACGUUGACCUUUAUUUGAUACAUACCCCCGUGGCGUUCAAGAAAGAGGGAGAGCUGAAGAAGUUGUGGACGGAGGCUGAGGAGCUGAAGAAGGAGGGGUUGACGAGGAGUAUUGGCGUUUCGAACUUUAGGAUUAAGGAUAUUGAAGUCCUUACGACGGGUGGAGGUGCUGUGCCUGCUAUCAACCAGAUCGAGUACCACCCCCACCUGUUCAAAGAAUCGCAAGCCCUCCUCGAAUUCCACGCCAAACACCAGAUCGUAACCGAAUCCUACGGCGGCCAAUCUCCCAUCUUCCGUUCGAAGGGCACUUCGCUCGACGCGGUGCUUACUCCUAUCGCUGAGAGACUCUCGAAGGCUUCGGGGAAGACGAUCCAGGAGGGUCACGUUCUCAUGCAGUGGCAGAAGGCGAAGGGAGUCGUGUUCGUCACGACUACUUCGAAGGAAUCGAGGCUGCACGAGUAUAUCGCCGCUGCGGACGUCGAGGGGCUCACGGCUGAGGAAGUCAAGGCUAUCGACGAAGCCGGAGCGCAGGAGACCCAUAGGCACUUCGUACGUUUUUCUUCUUACACUCGGGAUUAG